UGUUUACAGCGAACACGACAGACUGCAGACUGAGCCGGAGAGGCUGCUGUGAUUGUACCUUCACAUUAAUCUGUCUAACGACGCGGCCCGUCGUGCUAUCGGCGGAGGGCAUUGGAUAAGCAAGAGGACCUGUGCGACCCUAGGGCAGCAAGGUCAAAUACUGCGCUUUCCCUUUGUAUGAAAGUAUAUUGUCGCUACCACAACAACGCGGUGCGUGUGUGCAUGAUGAGAGGCUGAGGAGGAGGAGGAGGCGGUGUAGAGGGAGGCUGCGGUCUGAAACCACAUUUUACCCUGGAUACUUCGACACUAACUAACGUCGCUCACACAAGGGAGCUGUGUAUAAACAUAAUAUGAUGUUGUGUGACUCGGACCAACUAUUUCCAUCCUGUUUUUAAGAAGGGGUCCUAGUCGUUUUCUGCCUUCUGGCUGAUGAUCCUCCAGCAGCGGGACGCCGAACGUUUUUUUCCUUCCCGAUAUGGAGUGUGAAGAUGCGGAUUACAGAGGAAUUCCCGUUAUUGGUUUAACCGCAUCGGUUUCAUUGCACACGUCAACACGGUGUUGUUUUUUCUGGCAAGAAUAAACAGCCAUGCAUACGCAUUUUCUUUCUGGAGGGGUAAAGCGGUGAUUGUUUUUGUAACACGACUGGACUCCCAUUAGGAAGCGUGAGCGCUACGCUGCUAGCUUAUUUGUAGUAGCGUUAGCUUUAGCUCCUCUGGCCGGCUAUCUGACUGGUCGUUUAAAUAAUUUCGACCAGUUUUUGUUGAUAUUUCAUCCCCCCUUGUCAUAUUUAUUGUCUACAUUUGGGAGGGUUUACUCAAUCAGGAAUGAGGUCACGAACGGAAAGGAACCGCUUGACCUUGUUUUGGGGUCUGAUGCUGGGUCUGUCGUCCUGCCUCCGGCCCGCCACCACAGAGAUCUGUGGUCCCAGCAUCGACAUUGGCAAUGAUGUCAGUGAAUUCAGGCGUUUAGAGAACUGCACAGUGGUGGAGGGCUCCUUGCAGAUCCUCCUCAUCGGUGACAAAAACAACAACAACGUCAACCAGGAACUCUUCCGCACCCUCAGCUUCCCAAAGUUAACCAUGAUCACUGACUACCUGCUGCUGUUCAGAGUGUCCGGCCUGGACAGUCUGAGCACACUGUUUCCCAACCUCACUGUCAUACGCGGACGUAACCUAUUCUACAACUACGCUCUGGUAAUCUUUGAGAUGACCAGCCUGAAGGACAUCGGUCUGUACAGCCUGCGGAAUAUCACCCGCGGUGCCAUCCGCAUUGAGAAGAACCCGGAGCUCUGCUACCUGGACUCUGUCGACUGGUCCCUCAUCAUGGAUGCAGAGUUCAACAAUUACAUUGCAGGGAACAAGCAGUCCAAGGAGUGCAGUGAUGUUUGUCCAGGCAUCAUGGAGAACAACCCACAGUGCAGAAAGACGAUGUUUAACGACAACUACAACUACCGCUGCUGGAACUCCUAUCACUGCCAGAAAGAAUGCCCCGAGAAGUGUGAACGGAAAGUGUGCACAACAGAGGGCGAGUGCUGCCACCCUCAGUGUCUAGGCAGCUGCACAGUCCCUGAUAGUGACACAGCAUGUGCCGCAUGUGUGCAUUACUACCAUCAAGGGCGCUGUGUGGCUGACUGCCCUCCUGGAACCUACAAGUUCGAGGGCUGGCGCUGCAUCAGUGCUGAGCUAUGCUCCAAAUUCCACCUCCCCGAAUAUUACAGCUUUAUCAUCCACGAUGGAGAGUGUAUGCCAGAAUGCCCAUCUGGGUACACGCGCACUGCACCCAACAGUAUGUACUGUACAGCCUGUGAUGGUCUGUGUGAUAAAGUAUGUGAAGAGAAGGUCAUCGACUCCAUGGAUGCUGCCCAGUCUCUCAAAGGCUGCACUGUUAUCAAAGGCAACCUGCAUAUCAACAUCCGCAGAGGCCACAACAUGGUGGCAGAGCUGGAGAGUUUCACAGGUUUAAUCCAGAGGGUGACGGGCUAUGUGAGGAUCAGACACUCACACACUCUGAGCUCCCUGGCCUUCCUCCGCAGUCUCCGAUACAUCGAUGGAGAGCAGCUUCUGGAUGACAUGUACGCCUUCUCAGCAUUCGACAACCAGCAGCUACAAUAUCUUUGGGACUGGAAACAGCACAAUCUCACCAUCAAAACAGGAAAGCUGUUCUUCAGAGCCAACCCAAAGCUCUGCAUGUCUGAGAUCCGCAGCAUGUGGGAAAAAACGGGCACCCAGGGCCACUUUGAUGAGAGCGAUUUCCGAAACAACGGAGACCGAGCCAGCUGUGAAAGUACUAUCCUUAGGUUUAAGUCCAACAGCACCAGCAACACAAGGAUCAAACUGACCUGGCAACGGUACCGGCCGCCUGACUACAGAGACCUCAUCAGUUUUAUUGUUUACUACAAGGAGGCGCCAUACCAGAACAUCACAGAGUUCGAGGGGCAGGAUGGCUGUGGCUCCAACAGCUGGAACAUGGUGGACGUGGAGCUGAGACCAGACAAGGACUCUGACCCCGGAGUUUUGCUGUCCGCCCUGAAGCCCUGGACGCAGUACGCCAUCUUCGUCAAAGCUAUCACACUGAUGGUGGAAGACAAACAUAUGCCAAGUGCCAAGAGCAAGGUGGUCUACAUCCGGACUAGCCCCUCGGCGCCCUCCAUGCCUCAGGAUGUGCGAGCAUAUUCUAACUCCUCAACGCAGCUGGUAGUGCGUUGGUCUCCCCCUGUCUCACCAAAUGGAAACCAGACAUACUACCUGGUCAGAUGGCAGCAACAAGCUGAAGACAGAGAGCUGUACCAGCACAACUACUGCUCCAAAGAGCUGAAGAUUCCCAUAAGGAUUGCUGCUAUCGGUGUGGGAGAUCAGGAAGAUGACACCAAGCCCAUGAAGCCAGAUACUGAGGGGGCAGAUAAAGGUCCAUGUUGCCCCUGCCCCAAGUCAGUGGAGGAUCUGGAGGCAGAAGCUGCUGAUGCCUCCUACCGAAAAGUCUUUGAAAAUUUCCUGCACAACUCAAUCUUUACACCGCGGCCACCAGAUCGCCGCCGUAGAGAUGUCUUUGCCAUCGCCAACGCCACUCACUCCCGCCACAACCGUCUGCACACCAACAGCACCACUGUGCCUCCUCUCCAAGGCACUGGUAACAACAGCAGCACCACCGCUUACGUAGAGCCAGCAGACAGGGAGUACAAGUUCAAGGAGAAAUCUGUGACAGAGCGCGAGUUGCAGAUCUCUGGCCUGCAGCCAUUCACGGUUUACCGCAUUGACAUUCACGCCUGCAAUGGACAGGUUCAACGUUGCAGUGCGGCAGAGUUCGUCUUCUCCAGAACCAAGCCUGCAGAAAAGGCCGACGACAUACCGGGCCCGGUGACCUGGGAGGGCCAUGAGGACUGGGUGUUUCUGCGCUGGCCCGAACCCACUCACCCCAACGGACUCAUCCUUAUGUACGAGAUCAAGUUUAAACUAGCGACUGAGACUGAAAAACACGAGUGCGUGUCUGGUCAGAUGUAUCAAGCCCAGCGUGGUGUUCGGCUUUCCAACCUCAGCCCGGGAAACUACUCUGUGAGAGUGAGAGCCACGUCACUGGCUGGCAAUGGCUCCUGGACACAGACUGUGGAUCUUUAUGUGGCUGAACGAUAUGAAAACGCCCUCUAUGCUAUGAUCUUUGUUCCUGUCGCCAUCAUCCUCUUCAUCUGCCUUUUCAUCACAAUGCUGGUGGUCUUCAACAAGAAAAGGAACAGUGACCGUCUUGGGAAUGGAGUCCUGUAUGCCUCUGUCAACCCUGAGUACUUCAGUGCUGCAGAAAUGUAUGUACCAGAUGAAUGGGAGGUGGCGCGGGAGAAGAUCUCCCUCAGCCGCGAGCUUGGCCAGGGCUCGUUCGGCAUGGUGUACGAGGGCCUGGCAAAGGGCGUGGUCAAGGACGAGCCGGAGACGAGGGUCGCCAUCAAGACUGUCAACGAGUCGGCCAGCAUGAGGGAGAGGAUAGAGUUUCUCAACGAAGCGUCCGUCAUGAAAGAGUUUAACUGUCACCAUGUGGUCCGUCUCCUGGGAGUGGUUUCUCAGGGCCAGCCCACCUUGGUCAUCAUGGAGCUGAUGACGCGAGGCGACCUGAAGAGUUACCUACGCUCCCUCCGACCUAAAGAGCAACAGUGGUCGAGCCUGUCUCUCCCUCCGCUGAAGAAGAUGCUUCAGAUGGCAGGACAGAUCGCUGAUGGCAUGGCGUACCUCAACGCCAACAAGUUUGUCCACAGAGAUCUAGCAGCCAGGAACUGCAUGGUGGCUGAGGACUUUGCUGUUAAAAUAGGAGAUUUCGGCAUGACCAGAGAUAUCUAUGAGACGGAUUACUACCGCAAAGGUGGUAAGGGUUUGCUCCCUGUGCGCUGGAUGUCACCAGAGUCUCUGAAAGAUGGAGUCUUCACCACUAACUCUGAUGUUUGGUCGUUCGGGGUUGUACUGUGGGAGAUUGCCACUCUGUCAGAGCAGCCCUACCAGGGUCUGUCCAAUGAGCAGGUUCUGCGCUUUGUCAUGGAGGGUGGGCUGCUGGACAAACCUCAGAACUGUCCUGACAUGCUGUUCGAGCUGAUGCGAAUGUGCUGGCAGUACAAUCCUAAGAUGCGUCCCUCUUUCGUGGAGAUCAUCAGCAGCAUAAAGGACGAACUUGAACCGUCUUUCAAAGAGGUUAGUUUCUUCUACAGCGCUGAUCACAAGCCAGCCGAAAAUUCACAGGUCCACUUGGAGAAAAUGGACAACAUGGACGACGUUCCCCUGGACCCCCCUACUUCCACACAGCCACAGCCACCCCCAACCCCCCAACAGACCCCACCCUCACCGAGUUCAGAGGUUCCACCUGCCCCCUCACUAAGCCCCGCCUCCCCUUCCUUUCCCUGUACGUCGGCGGCUGCUGCCAUGGACAAGCAAGCGUCCACCCAACAGGCGGCCAACGGGUUGUCGGGUCCAAGUCUUGCAGCGGGAUCGGGGCUUGGGACAAGUGCGGGCGUUGCAAUGCGUCCGUCUUUGGAAGAACUGCCGCCGUAUGCACACAUGAACGGAGGGCGCAAAAAUGAACGUGCCAUGCCCCUCCCGCAGUCGUCUGCCUGCUGAUAGGACAGAGACACCCACCAGACUGCAAACCCUGCCUCCUGCUGCUCAACAGAGGCCGAUGUCACAGUGGGGCAUAUCUCUCUUUGUUUUUUUUUAGAUUAAAUACUACCGUCUACCAGCUGGGUGUGGCUAGUCGGUGAGGAGCAAAGACUCACGGGAAGGCGGAGAAAGAAAUGGUUAUUUCAUGCUCUGCUGUAACUCCACACACUUUUUUUUCAUAUUAUUUAACUUUUGGUUUCUACCAGCUGGCUGUCAGGUAUGACACUGCCCUUGCUGCUGAGUGAAGGAAAGGAAAAAGUGAUAUAAAAAAAAGAAUUGGGAGAAAUCUCAGUAUAUCUCUCUCUCUCUCUCUCUCUCUCUCCCUCUCUCUCUCUCUCUCUCUGUUAAUAGCUGAACUUAUUUUAUAAAUUGUUGUUUGCUACUUUUUUAUAUGUAUUUCCAAAUGGGAAAAGGCCUUUAUAAAUGACUGGCAUUUUGAUGGCUUUUGGGCGGGCAUUAUGGUGAAGCAUAUCAAAUGAAAAAGAGGUCAGUGUCUCCCUCAGUCGUCUUGUUGCUCUGCAGGCUGGUCCACGUAAUGCCAGGUCAACAACCAGUCUGCUUAAAAUGAACAACCUGAGGGAGAGAGGUCAAAUCUGCCAAACUUGUUGCCAAAAUUUGAUCUGUUUUCACACGGUUCUGACGUCCCUCUACAGUUCCGCAUCACUCCUGUGUUGCUAUUAAAUAUUGUACAGCUCCUGUAUUCUAUCAGAUUGAUAUCGUAGACCUUGGUUAGAUCAGCGUGUCUGAGAUCGAGCCACAUCUUGUCACAGUGCUGUUUAUUUACAGUUUAACUGCCAAAUCCAAUCAGCAAAGAAGCAAAAAAAUAAGGAAAAAAAAGAUGAAGACUGCAAAGGGAAAUGUAUAAAAAUGGGGGGGGGGAACAACUCUAGAUUUAUGUCUCGGUUGGGUUGUGCUCAAUGCUCCGAGGCAUCCUUGCUACAUACCAAGUUUUUUUGGACUAGUUAGUCAACGUUACAUUAACACCAUCUCUACAUGGGCAGAGCAUUUAUGUACACACCAGUAAUUUGUGUCACUUUUUUAACUUUUAUAUGGUUGGAGACAUUUAUUGUGUACAGAAAGAGGCUGCUAUUCUUUAUUUCUCUUGUGGUUGUAAUAUAGUUAAUAUCUAUAUAUAUAAAAAGAGAACUCCUUCAGGUUGGAUCUAUGAACGUUUCCACUACAAUCUGUUUUUUUUCCAUAAAUAUAUAUCUGACCUA